GUUCAACUCUAAAGAAUGAUCAUCUAAAGAAAAAAAAAAAUCAAGUAGAGGGACAGAAAGAGUGAGAUGGAGAAGGUUGAACACAAGACAAUGCGAGUGAAUGGGAUAAACAUGCACAUUGCAGAAAUGGGUCAAGGCCCAAUAGUUCUAUUCCUUCAUGGCUUCCCGGAACUAUGGUACUCGUGGCGCCACCAAAUGCCGUUCAUGGCAGCUCACGGCUAUCGUGUGGUAGCCCCGGACCUCCGAGGUUUCGGAGAUACCACGGGAGCACCCAAAGGUGACUUCACGAAGUUCACCACCCUCCAUGUUGUUGGUGACCUUGUGGAACUCCUUAACAUCAUUGCCCCUGACCAGAAGGUGUUUCUAGUUGGCCAUGACUGGGGAGCAAUGAUUGCUUGGGCUAUGUGUUUGUAUAGACCAGAUAAGAUCAAGGCCCUUGUGAAUAUGAGUGUUCCAUUCUUCCCAAGAAACCCCAUUAUAAGGCCCAUUGUAGCUCUGCGCGCUAUUUAUGGAGAUGAAUACUACAUUAUAAGAUUCCAGGAGCCAGGAGAAAUAGAAGAAGAGUUUGCUCAAAUAGGAACCAAGACAGUAUUGGAGAAGAUGCUGACUAUCCGAGACCCUGAACCAUUAAAGUUGCCCAAAGGAAAGCCAUUUGACGACUCUCCAGUCAUAUUACCCCCUUGGCUCACUGAAAAGGAUGUUGAUUACUAUGCUACCAAAUAUGAGCACACUGGCUUCACUGGUGGAUUGAAUUAUUACAGAGCACUUGAUCUAAACUGGGAACUGACAGCACCAUGGACGGGGGCAAAAAUAGAAGUACCAGUUAAGUUCAUAGUGGGAGAUUUGGACCUAACUUAUAAUUCAGCAGGAGUCAAGUUUUAUAUCAACAAUGGUGGGUUAAAGAAAAAUGUACCUUUGCUAGAAGAUGUGGUUAUCUUGAAAGGGGUAGCACAUUUUCUUCAACAAGAAAAGCCUGAUGAAGUUAACGAACACAUCCAUGUCUUCUUCCAGAGCUUUUCUUCCUCUGAAACUUCUGCACUUUGAUAUUCCUUUGAAGUUGCACAAAACCAGAAAAUGGAGUUGUACAAGAAUCAUUUCAUAUGCUUUAAUAAAUUAUAGUAUCAACGCCAUGUAUCUUUUUCCAAAUAGUAUCACCUAACCUAAAUAAAGUUGGUUUCCAAUU